AGUAUGGCAUCGAGGAGAAUGGAGACCAAACCUGUGAUAACCUGUCUCAAAACCCUCCUCAUCAUCUACUCCUUCGUCUUCUGGAUCACUGGAGUGAUCCUGCUGGCCGUUGGAGUCUGGGGCAAACUCACUUUGGGCACCUACAUCUCCCUCAUUGCCGAGAACUCCACAAAUGCUCCCUAUGUGCUCAUCGGAACCGGCACCACCAUCGUCGUCUUUGGCCUGUUUGGGUGCUUUGCUACGUGCCGCGGUAGCCCAUGGAUGCUGAAACUGUAUGCCAUGUUUCUGUCCCUGGUGUUCCUGGCUGAGCUUGUAGCUGGCAUUUCAGGGUUCGUGUUCCGUCACGAGAUCAAGAACACCUUCCUGAGGACUUACUCGGAUGCCAUGCAGAACUACAACGGCAACGAUGAGCGGAGCCGGGCGGUGGAUCACGUGCAGCGCAGUCUGAGCUGCUGUGGUGUGCAGAACUACACCAACUGGAGCACCAGCCCCUACUUCCUGGAGCACGGCAUCCCCCCAAGUUGCUGCAUGAAUGACACUGAUUGCAAUCCCCAGGACCUGCACAACCUGACUGUGGCUGCCACCAAAGUGAACCAGAAGGGUUGUUAUGACCUGGUGACCAGUUUCAUGGAGACUAACAUGGGGAUCAUCGCUGGAGUGGCUUUUGGAAUCGCGUUCUCCCAGCUCAUCGGCAUGCUGCUGGCCUGCUGUCUGUCGCGGUUCAUCACGGCCAACCAGUACGAGAUGGUGUAAGGAGGAGUCUUUCAAGAACGACAGAAUAAGAGACCUGUUGGAAAAAGCAACUGCAGCAAUCUUUGAAAGACUUCCAAAGAAUGUUAGAGUGCAGUACAUAAUACACCUGCCCCGCUCCCCCUAAAGCCCUCCCAAGUGCAACUGACACCCCCACACAGUCUCUGCUCCACCUUCAGUCCACAUCAUGUGUAGCAUUACAUUUUGUGAAGCCCCGUUGUGCCAGAGUGUAGCCAGGCCCCUGCAUCUAGUCCUAGUGGACCCCGCUCUUGGCCUUGUGCUCCUCCAUCUGUACCUGGUCCACCCGCAGCUCAUUGUAGGUGACUGGUUAUCACGCCAUCACUGGCCCCUCUGGGCCUUGCAUGUAGUGUGGGAGGCUCCAGUUAGCCCUUGUCCUGACUGAUAAAUGCUACACCCCUUGAUGUAGAUAAGCAGAUAGCUGUCUGUUUUUCCACUUAAUCUCCUUUGGUUCGCUUUUCCCCUUACUAAGGCUCUUUCCUACCUUCUUCAGGCUUCCUGGGACAUGUAAAGAGGUACAACAGUGAUUGUCUAUGAGGAACGCAAAGCAUGUGUCAUGCAUCGAGGAAAUUGUUAGCUUGAGGUGACCUUGCUCAUUAUUGUUACCCGCCUAGGUGUGUAUAGUCACCUUAGUGUGCCUGUGCCUCUCAGUUGAAACCCAUAUAUUCCUGUUACAGAGCUGUAUUGUUGCUUCCUGUUCAAGCACUAUUAGUUCUAUUUCCCCCCCAAUUAAUUGCUUUUGUGUUACUUUCUUCUUUCUAUAUUUUUUCCUUGCAAUGACAUUACAGACAUCGAGGACCUCAUCAAAUCGAUUUAAAAAUGAGUGAAGGGGGAACAGAAGUCGAAAUAAUUUCAAAAGAUCUUUAAAAAUAAUGCCUCUGUCUAGCAUGCCAACAAGAAUGCAUUGAUAUUGUGAACAUUUGUGAUACAUGUAUUAAUAAAUAGAAUCAUGACAGAC